AACACUUUUCUACUAAAUUACUAAGCGUCCAUACUAUUUCUAACUAUACAUAUAUAUAUAUACAUAUAUAAAUACAUAGUACACAUCAUACACAUACAUAUAUAUAUAAAUAUAUAGUACAGUACAAGCACAAGCCCAAAAAAAAAUACAGCUUUUAAUUAUAACCUCAAGCUUGAGUUCUCGUGUCGUUUACAAGCCAAAAAAAAAGGAAAUUAAAUAUUUAACAUUCUCAUUGCAAUAUAGUAAGAAAAUAUUUAAAUAAUAAAAUUUAUUGAGAUGAAAUUCGUGGCGGGAGAACAAGUUCUGGCAAAGCCACCAAAUAUUGAUGAGUUUAAAAAAGGUAAAAUUUUAAUUGCUAGAGGUGAUAAAUAUGUUAUACAAUUCGAAGGUGGUAAAGAGCAUACAGUACUGGAAAACAAUAUACAGCCGGAGAGACCAUCUAGGGGUACAGCAAGAACGAUCAGGGGAAAAUUAUAUAAAAGUCCGCUUAGAAAAUCUCCAGCACGUAAAUCUCCAAGCCGGAGAUCACCCGGACGGUCUCCUAGUCGACGGUCUCCGGGUCGUUCACCUGGAAGACCUAAACGCCCGCUGAAGAUAACAUCCAAGCGAUCUGAUGACGAAAAAAGCUUCAAAACAGAUUCUCAGAGUACGAUGAGUGAAUCCGAUGACAUAUCCGAGCUUAUUCCUCUGCAAUCUCGUCUCAAGGACCAGCAAGGAACCACAGCAACACGACGUUCAGUCCGCAUCCUAAAUAAUCUCAUGAAAGAGUCUUCAGUAAAUCUCCGUGGUAUCGAUCGCGCAGUAUCGCUACCUGUUGAACGCAAAACAAUUAUGUAUGAAUACCUCGCUGAUGCUAAAGAACGUGGAUUUUCAGUUCAACGUGAACCCGAUAUCCAAAAAUUAUAUUACGAAGAAGAAGUUCUCCCUGACUCGUCAACAACCGAUAAAAUAAAAAAACAGGAAAAAACAUUGGAAAUAGAACUUGUUAGCAAACCACAAGAAUGGUUCGGAUGGAUCGGCGCAAUGCUUAUCAUUAUUUUACUUCCUUGCGCAGUAUUAUUACCACAAAUAGCUUGUCACAAUAACAAGUGUCUUCUUGAUGGUUUCAAAGUACCGAGUAAACUCCAAACUUAUUUCAAUGGAUACGUCGCACUAGGAUAUGGAGCUUUUCUCGUUCUCGUUGCUGCGCUAUCAUUUUUACCAAUUGGUCGAGUUGCUGAUGGCAUGCAAAUGAGAAGCGGAAGACUACAGUACCGACUUAAUGGCCUUUACAUCGCACUGAUUGUCUUGAUAAUUUUCAAACUUGGUGACUACUUUGGCUACGACACAGUUAAUUUACUUAUGAAAAAUCUUUUACGUCUGUCAGUACUGUCCUGGAUCACUGGAUCAUUCUUGUCAGUAAUUCUGUACAUAAAAGGCGGGAAAAUUCCGCUGUCAACUGCAAAUAUUUAUGGAUCUACUGGAUAUAAUAUUUAUGACUACUGGCAAGGAAGGGAAAUCAAUCCGCGAGUUGCUAAGCUGGAUGUUAAACUUUUUUUAACCAGGAUAAGUUUGAUCGGGACUUUGAUGAUAAACAUGGCGGUAAUUUUAAAAAGCGCGGAAAUUGUGGAAUUUAAUUUUGGAGACUUUAAAGAUUUGGCGGCACUCAAGUCUCUUGGAAAUUUAAAUUUUACUGUAAUAAUUGUUUGCAUGAUGCAAAUGUUUUAUUGUUUUGACGGUUUGUUUUUUGAAGAAACAAAUUUAACGAGCUUUAGAAUUUUGUAUGAAGGUACGGGUUACAUGACAUGUGUUGCUAGUUUACUGUAUCCAUUUUUAAUAACUUUGGGACCUAGAUAUUUAUUGGCUCAACAAGUAAAUAAGUCUGCUUAUGUAUUGGCGCCUUUAGUGUUGGCAUUUUUAAUUGGUUACGUUAUUUACCGUUGGAGUAAUUUACAAAAACAUCAUUUCCGUUCAAAUCCAUACUCCCAGGAAUCAUUACGUCUUGAAACAAUAUCGACAGACAAAGGAAAAAAAUUGAUAGUAUCCGGAUUCUGGGGAAAAGUCCGACACCCAAAUUAUCUUGGGGACAUAAUAAUGAACUGGGCAAUGGUUCUCAUUGAAGCAAACACCAACGUCUUACUUUACUGGUCAGCGAUAUGCUGUACCAUCGUCCUUGUCCAUCGCGCACUUCGCGAUAACGCGCGUUGUCAUAAACGUUACGGCGCAGCCUGGGAAAAUUAUUGUUUGCGCGUUAAAUCAUUAUUAUUACAGCGUGUUUUUUAAAUUAUUUAAUUUUUUUUUAAUCACCCACGGCCUUCUUAAUUGAUCAAACGAAAUUAAUGAAUCUCGUAAAUUAUUAACACUCAUAAAUUAACAUAAAUUGUAAUUAUUUUUUUAGACGAUCAAAAUUAUUCUCUUUUUUUUUUAAUUAUAAAUAUAAAAAAUUUUCUAGACAAAUUAAUUUUUCAAUAGUUAUAAUUACAAAUUUAUUUUAAUCCAAUGCAAUUACAUGACAAUUAAUUACAU